CGGCACAGAGACAUUAUGCAGAGGGUGUUCUCGGAAAUCCUGCCGGGGACAGGAGCGCAAGCGUGCGGGUGUGAAGCCGUGCCCGGCCGCCCGGGGCAGGUGUGUGCUGACAGCCGGGAGGGGCACGGACCUGGUCCCGCAGCAGCGCCCAUCUCGGCCCUCGCUCCCCCCCGGCGGGCAGGGCCCCACCGGCUGACCGCCUCCAGCCCGCCCCGCCGGGAAACAAAAGUGAAAGCCAACGGGGAGACGAGCCGGGCGGCCAUGGCGGGGCACGGACGGGGCACCUUCCCGCUGCUGGUGCGCGGAGACUGGGGCGCCGCCGAGCCGCCCCUCGCCCUGAGGAAGAAGCUGCUCUGCUACUUCCAGAGCCAGAAGCGCUCGGGCGGCGGCGAGUGCGACCUGCGGGCUGGGACCGCGACCGGCGACCUUCUGGUCUGCUUCGCCUGCCCCGAGGUGAGGCAACGAGUUCUUGGGAGACAGUCUCAUGAGCUUUAUUUGGGAGAAAAAAGAAAAUUGAAGUUGAUUGUCACAGAGCCUGAAACAGCACUAACUGCUCAAGAGGAGGCAUUGGAAGAAAAAUUAGUUCCCACAAAGGCUCUGGGUGCCAUGAGCAGCCUUCAAACAAAAGGUGACACAGAAGCCUUGCAGAAGGUGGGGAGUCUUGUUCCAAACAGUGAACUCCAGGAGGAAGCUGGCUGUGCAGGGGACAUCGCAGAAAAGCCUGCAAAGGCCUCAUCUUCAGUGGUGUUUGAAAACAUACAAGGUUGCAGUCUAAAGUGCCUACGUAUGCUGUUGGAGAACAUCAGCAACCUGUCAGUAGAUGAUGACUUCACUGUGGAAGUGAUACCUGAAAUAAAUGUUGCUGUAGCCAGAUUUAUAAAAAGUAUUGAUACUGAAGAAUUUGUCAAAAACUGUUCACAAAACGAAAGAAUUAAAGCAUUCAAAAUGACUGCCAGGCUUCUUGAAUUGACCCAGAGCAUCAAGGUUGAAAACCUGCCAGCCGGCGUUUCUGCAGACUUCAUCACCAUUUAUUUCGAGAAUGUGCGGAACGGAGGGGGGCCUGUGUCAGACAUUCGGCUCUUCCCCGAGGAGAACUCGGCCAUCAUUACUUUCUGUGAUCACAAAGAUGUAAACACUGUCUUGGAAAAGCAGCAUUUUCUGGAGCAAACACCGAUUUCUGUGCAUCCAUAUUACCACUCCCUGGGAACAGCUCUCUAUGGAGACAGACCAAGUAUCAAGAUGCCAGACCCCAUUGGGGUGCCACUAGAUCCGUACGUCUGGCAGUUCUUGCAGAGGCAGCCUGAACUGAUCCAAGAGAUCAACCAGGAAAUGGCAAUUUGCGAUUGUGAGCUGAAAUGGCCACAGGCCACAGACUGCGCACACCCAGAAAUUAUGUUGUGCCCAUCGUCAUCUCUCACCGAGCAGAAAAAGGCAAUGAUUAAGUUGAUCAAGACAUGGAAGCAACAUGCUUCUACUGAGUUCUCAUGCAUCAUGUCACGUUACGUAGCUGUGAAGUGUCAAGUGAAUUCAGAGGAUUGGGGAGAUGUGAAAAACAGAUUGGUGAAAAAUGUUGCUUUGAUCAUAACUGAUAUUUCUAAGGAGAUGGUGGUGAUUGCAGGCAAGAGAGCAGCAGUGGACAGUGCAGAGAAAGAAGUGAGGGAAUGCAUGGAAAAAGCCAUGAAGGAAAGUAAAAGGGAAAAUCAAAGCAUAGAAAUUUCUGUGGAAGUGAUGCCAAGCAAGUAUGCCAUUCUGCGCAAUGCUGGGCUGGAAGAGAAUAUUCACAAAGAAUAUCCGUGCUUAAAGGUCUUUUAUGAUGACACAAAAAAAGCUCUUUGGUUGUGUGGAUUACCUGUAGAAGUAUAUAAAAUCAAAGCUGACUUACUGGAAAAGAUAUUGAACAUGCCAUGUACAGCAGUUGCCAUUGAUCCCCAUGUUUUCUGCUAUCUACAGUGGGUAGAUAAUAAAACAAUCUCAGAGACUUUAUUCAGUAGGGAAAAAAUCAAUGCUUUUUAUGAGCUUGAGGGUGAUACUGUGUUGCUAUUUGGACAUGCUCCAAAAGAUCUUUUAGAAGCAGAAAAUCAAAUAAAGGCAAGCUUAGAAUAUAGGUGCAUUAAUGUGGAGGAUGGUGAGGUCACUAAAAAGGAGCAGUGGAGGAGUCUUCUUGCCUCCUUGCAUAAGAAGUACAAUUCUUCCCUGGAAACUCUACUUAUCAAUGAGCCUGUUGGAAAAGAAAAUAAAGUGAUUAUUGCUGGGUUUUCUAAGGCUGUGACAGAAGUUUAUCAGAAACUUAAUGAUUUUAUAGAAAGAAACACACAUGUGGAAAAAGUAAUCAUGGCUAAGUCAGCAGUGGUAGUGCAGUUUGUAGAGGAGGAAAAAUCCGAUGUUUAUCGUGGAUUGAGGAAGAAAGACGUGACAGUAUGUUUUGACACCAAGAGACCUUGUAUUGUCCUGAGCGGCCCAAGAGCAGAAAUGGCAAAAGCAGUCACCACAUUUGAAAAUAUUUUCUCAUCCCUUUACUCGAAAAAUGUGCCAAUUGAUAAACCGGGAGCCAAAGCAUUCUUCACUGAAAGGAAAGAUUCAUAUGUUCUAGAGGCAAAGCAGAAAUUUAGCUGUUUGAUUAGGCUGGAAGAAGAAAAACAACAACAGCAACAACAGAAGGGUGAAAAAGUUGAUGAUCCAGAGAAAAGAAAGCUCUACUACAAGACAAGGCUGCCACAUGGAGCUGUAGUAGCAGUAUAUAAAGGUGACUUGUGUAAUUACCCAGUUGAUGUUGUGGUGAACGCAUCUAAUGAAGACCUCAAACACAUCGGUGGCCUUGCUGAGUCUCUGCUGAAAGCGGCCGGCCCGGAGCUGCAGCAGGAGUGUGACGAGCUGGUGAGGAGGAACGGGAGUUUGCAGCCCGGGUGCGCCGUGAUCACGGGCGCUGGGAAACUGCCCUGCAAGAACGUCAUUCACGCCGUUGGGCCCAGGUGGAGGAAGGAGGAAGCAGAAAAGUGCAUGUUCCUGUUAAGAAAGACAGUGAAGAAUAGUCUACAGCUAGCCGAAACAUACAAUCAUCGUUCCGUAGCUCUGCCUGCCAUAAGUGGAGGGACUUUUGGCUUCCCACUGCAAACAUGUGCAAAUUCCAUUGUAUCCUCCAUCAAGGAGACCCUGGAAGAAUCCAUGGGGGACAGCAGCUUGAAGGAGAUUCAUCUUGUGGAUGAUGUGGAAGAAACAGCUCAGGUUCUGAGUAAGACGGUAAAAAAAGUCUUUACAGCUAAAUCCUCCUCCUUGGUGAGGAGCUUGGGGAACCAUAAACCGAGAGAAAGCCAGGAGAAGAUAAAAGAGGAUCUGCAGAUAGCCAGGGAUGAUCUGAAGAUGGUUACCACAAAUGAAGGACUGCGCAUCCAAGUAGAAGAGAAAAACAUUCAGGAGGCCACGACGGACGUUAUUGUCAACAGUGUUGGCACAGACCUGAAGUUUGGCGUGGGGGCUCUUUGCAGAGCCUUGCUGGAAAAGGCUGGACCAGCGCUCCAAGUAGAGUUUGAUGAAGAAAAACAAAGACAGGCUGCUGGUCAAGGGCAUGUGCUCUGCACCAGUGGAUGUGCUCUGGCCUGCCAGUCCGUGCUUCAUGCCAUACUUCCCAUGUGGGAUGGAGGAAAAGGACAGGCCCUGAAGACCCUAGAAGAUAUAAUCAAUUCCUGUUUGAAGAAAACUGAAGAACUUGGACUGAAAUCGAUUGCUUUCCCAGCUAUUGGAACUGGAGGAUUUCAAUUUCCUAAUCUCCUUGUUUCUAAGUUAAUGUUUGACGUGGUAUUGAAGUUCAGUAGUAGUCACGCUCGCAAGACUCUCCAGGAAGUUCAUUUUUUCUUGAAUCCACCAGAUGCGGAUAACAUUCAGGCUUUUACCACUGAACUGGAACUUAGGGUGGCUGAAAGUUGCAAUGCUGCAGCGCCGCAGUCCAGAUUCAUUAAGCCUGUUUCAACUGAAGUACUGGGAGUUCAUGAAAUGCAGAUUGGUUCCAUUACCGUCCAAGUAAUUACUGGAGAUAUUACCAAGGAAGAUACAGAGGUUAUUGUAAACAUAUCAAAUCCAACAUUUGAUGCCCAAGGAGGAGUCUUCAAAGCAAUUAUGGAUGCUGCUGGUUCCCAGGUAAAAGAAGAAUGUCGUCAAUAUGCUGGGCAGCUGCAAAGUGGCUUUAUUACUACAGAAGGUGGAAACCUGUUGUGCAGUAAAAUCAUCCACUUGAUUCACAACAACAACGUGAAGAGUCAGGUCACCAAAGUGCUUAACGAGUGUCAGCUAAGGAUGUACAAAUCUGUCGCCUUCCCAGCAAUUGGAACAGGUCGGGCAGGACAGAAGCCAGCAAAGGUCGCUGAUGACAUGCUGGAUGCUAUAGUGGAAUUUGCAAGCAAAAGAUCAGUGCAGCAUUUGCAAAAAAUUAAAAUUGUCAUCUUCCAGACAAAUAUGCUCAGUGACUUUUACGAAAGCAUGAAGGCAAGAGAAGAUUCAGAUUCACACACAAAAGAUUCAUGGAUGUCUCUGUUGAAAUCAUUUUUUUGGCCCCCCCAAAAAUCCACUGAGAAGAAAAAGCCUGUGGUUUUGGAGAAGAAAGUUGAUUUAGCCACGUUUCAAAUUUGUGGAGAAAGCCAGAAAAAUGUGGAUGCAACUGAGUCGUGGAUAAAGGAUUUAAUUUUAAAGGAACAGUUUGAAAACGUUAUCUCAGAUGAGCUAAUUGGAAAUUUUGAUGAGAGACAAAUUGCAGCUUUGGCAGAAAUCCAGAGAAGAAAUCAUGUUACCAUUCACCUUGAAAGUGAACUUUCACCCCCUUGCAUUAAAAUUUCUGGUAUUAGCAGGGAUGUUGGUUUUGUUUCCGUGGAAGUUCAAAAAAUGAUACAAGAAAUGAAGGAUACUGAAGAAGAACGAUCCAGGGCAGAACUUGUUUAUAACCUGGUAGAAUGGAGGUAUCCAGGAAGCAAUGAUAACUUUGUCGCUUUUGAUAAACUGACAAAUAUGCAGCUGGAGGAUGCCAAAAUGGCUAACAAAACACAUCUGACUGUCAAAAUUAAAAAGAAGAACUACAAGGUGGAUCUGAAUACUCUACAGGCUAAUGAUGGCCAAGGAGAAACUAUAAGCAUUCAACGUGUGCCAAAGAAUGAAAAUAAACUGCCUGUGCAGUGGGAAGACAUGCAAGCGCAACAGGUCAAACUGGUGGAUCUCAAGCCAUCAUGUCAGGAAUACCGGAAUGUUCAGGACAAAUUCAAGAAAACUUGUCCCAACUUUGUCAUAGAGAAGAUUGAAAGAAUACAAAAUCCCAUCCUCUGGCAGACAUACCAAACAAAGAAAAUAGCUGUCUAUGCUAAGAACAAAUACAAAGUUAAUGAGAGGUUGCUAUUUCAUGGGACAGCUGCAUCCUCACUGAAGACGAUCAACUACUCUGGAUUUAAUCGUGGGUUUGCUGGAAAGAACGCUGCGAACUUUGGAAAUGGAACCUACUUUGCUGUUGAUGCAUGUUAUUCUGCUCAGGAUAUUUAUUCCAAACCGGACACGAAUGACAGAAGAUACAUGUACUUGGCCCGGGUCCUCACUGGGCAAUACUGUGCUGGGAGCAAAGGACUAAUCAUGCCCCCACCAAAAAACCCAGCAGAUCCUACAGACCGCUAUGACAGCGUGGUUGAUGAUGUGAAUAACCCAACAAUGUUUGUCAUAUUUAAUGACCAUGAGGCAUAUCCCGAGUACCUUAUUACUUUCAAAAAAUAGAAUAUUCUUACUAGUCGGGGAAAUUUCAGUGCCUUUUACAUGUGGGAACUAACAGGGCACUUUCUGAUCCUUGUUUGCAUCUAGCCAUCUUAAACAAAGUGGUUAUUUAUCUAUGUUUUUAAAUAUGUCUUGAAAUUAUCAACACAAUGAGGCCAGGAUAAGAAAAUAUUAGGAUUCUAUGAUUCUAUCUCAAUAGUCACAUUUUAAAUUUAGUUAUUGAGAGAUGUAGGCAAGAACUGUGAGAACAGCCCCGAUCUCUUCCUACACAAGGUCAGGGCAUCUAUGGAUGUUCCUGUUUCCAGUAUUCACCAUAAAGCCCCAAGUGGCUGGCUGCCUGUGAGGAUUUAUUUAAAAUACUCCAUGUUGGGAGAAUAACUUCACUCACCAACAGAGUUUUCAGUCAUUCUCAGACAUCCACUCACCCUUGUUGGUGUUAAGAGUCCUGAAGAAAAAAAGUCCAGUAUUGAACCUACACUUUGCAUUCAUUGUUAAACUCCUCCUUAUUCUGUUGUGCCAUGCUUUGUUAUUCCCUAGGUAUAUAUUCCUAUAUUCAUACCCAUUUCUUAGGGGAAUUCUCCAUGGUCCCUCGCAUUACAUACAUGCAACUUCCACGUACAAAGUCUUUGCUUCGGCAGUUUUCAAGACAGUAAAGAGGGACUUUUAAUUUCUUCUGUUCAGUACCAAAACAUUAACCCUUCUGUAGAAUUAGCAAUUUGCAGAGUGAAACUUACAAGAGCAUAACUCAGUUAUCACGCUUCAACCAUUUUAGAAUUUUUAGAGUUCUGUAAAGCAAUAAAUAAUGGCAUUUGUACAUCUUUGCAAGCUAUACACUUAAAUACAGUGAUAAUCUUACAACUGCCAAUCAAAAGCCAUAUACAUCACUUUAAUAAAAGUAUUUUCAAACA